AUGCAGCAGAUGAGGUGCGCUGUGGUGGUCCUUGUGCUUGUCGCGGCGGCAGCGGCGAGCUUCAGCGGGAACGAGCCGGAAGUGAGGCGUGGGACUGUGCCCCCGUCGAAGUACGGCUGGACCGUCUCUCCCGACAGAUUUGACUCGCCCAGCCAGACGGUGGAGCUGCGUGUGGAGCUGAAGCAGCGCAACUUGGACGAGCUGGAGAGGAGGUUCUGGGCCGUGUCGGACCCCACGAGCCGCGACUACGGCCACUUCAUGACCGUGCCCCAGCUCAGGGGCCUCAUCGCGCCCCCAGCUGCCCAUGUCCAAGCUGUGCUGGAGUGGCUGCAGAGCGGUGCGCCAUCGGCGACGGAAGUGGUGCCCACGGGCGACUACAUCAUCGUGACGAUGCCCGCUGCCGCGGCCGAGCGCCUCUUUGGCGUGGAGCUCGUGCGUUAUGUGCGGAGGGCCAAGGAGGCCAGUACCAUUCCCCAGUUCAUCCUCCGCGCGAGGGAGCAGAAGUACUCCCUGCCCGCGCACAUUGCCGAGCUCGUCUACAGCGUCAGCGGACUCGUUGACUUCCCUCCCGUCGUCAAAUCGAGGCCUGCGAGCGCCUACGCCGACGAGCCCGGCGUCAGCAUCACGCCGGGCAUCAUCAAGAGCCUCUACAAGAUCAACAACGCCGUGGGCAAGGCGGACAACAGCAGCCAGGCUGUGGCCGAGUUCGAGCAGGAGUACUUCUACCCGUCGGACAUCCCCAUCUUCGAGAAGAAGUUCGAUCUGCCGCUCCAGAACAUCUCCCUCAUCGUCGGCAGCAAUCACCCCGACACUGGCUACCUGGGCGAAGCGUCGCUGGACACGGAGUACAUCAUGGCCGUGGCGACGAAUGUGCCCACCUGGGUGUUCUACCAGGACUCUUUCGACCUGGUGUCCUGGGGCAUCAAGAUUGCCGCCACUCCCGGCGCUCCGCGCGUUCACUCCGUCAGCUACGGCAGCGGCGAAAGCUCCUACGAUGCAGGCACCAUGAACAGAGUCAACGUCGAAUUCCAGAAGCUUGGGCUGCUCGGCUUCUCCCUACUGGCGUCCUCUGGCGAUGACGGAACCGGGCACACGGGCACCUUCUGGUGUGGCACCUUUGAUGCCAACUUCCCGGCCUCUUCGCCCUACAUCACCGCCGUGGGCGGCACCUACUUGACUGCUCAGACGGGUGGUACCGAGAUCGGAUGGCCCGGUAGCGGAGGCGGCUUCUCCGCCAACUACCCUCAGCCCGCCUACCAGAGCGCCGCCGUCAAGCAGUACCUGCAGCAGAGUGGUCUGCCCGACGCGGAGUACUACAACAUCAGCGGACGCGCAUUGCCCGACGUGUCGGCGCUGAGCACCAAUUACGAGGUGGUGAUCCAGGGCCUGUGGGGUCCCAUCUCCGGUACCUCGGCGGCUGCCCCGACAUUUGCCGCCGUCGUCACUCUGCUCAACGACGCCCGCUACCAGGCGGGCAAGGGUCCACUCGGCUUCCUCAACCCCUUCCUCUACCAGGUGGGACGCGUCGGGUUUGAUGUAACGCAGGGCAACAACCAGAACUCGUGGUGCUCUGCGGGCUUCCCUGCAACACCUGGAUGGGACGCCAUCACCGGUCUCGGCACGCCUGACUUCCAGGUGCUGCUGAACGCCGCUCUUCGCGUCUAG